GAACGCGCAGCGCGGAGAGAGCGAAGUCCUCUUGCUCUUGACUCAGCCUCUGCCAGCGUCACCUCGGAUGACGUUCAACAACAAAGAUGGCAGGAGGAAACAGCAACUAUUGGGAAGACCUGCGAAAGCAGGCGAGGCAGCUGGAGAACGAGCUGGACCUGAAGCUUGUUUCCUUCAGUAAACUGUGCACCAGCUACAGCAGCUCACGUGAUGGCCGCAGAGGAGACAGUUCCGAUACGCAACCUCUCCUGUGCAACUCUACUCAGGACAGAAUGUUUGACACCAUGUCAGUGGAGAUUGAGCAGCUACUUGCAAAACUUACCGGGGUAAAUGACAAGAUGGCUGAGUACACAAGCACACCGGGAGUAACGUCUCUUAAUGCUGCUCUGAUGCACACUCUUCAAAGACACAGAGAUAUUCUUCAGGACUACACACAUGAAUUCCAUAAAACCAAAUCAAACUUCAUGGCAAUCAGGGAGAGAGAGGACCUGUUGGGGUCUGUCAGAAAAGAUAUAGAGACGUAUAAGAGUGGCUCGGGGGUGAAUAACAGACGGACGGAGCUUUUCCUGAAAGAACAUGAGCACCUGAGAAACUCAGAUCGACUUAUUGAUGACACAAUAAGCAUUGCCAUGGCAACCAAGGAGAACAUGACCUCCCAACGUGGAAUGUUAAAGUCUAUACAGAGUAGGGUCAACACCCUGGCCAACCGUUUCCCUGCCAUCAAUAACCUAAUACAGCGAAUCAACUUGAGGAAGAGGCGGGACUCUUUAAUUCUGGGAGGAGUCAUCGGCCUCUGCACCAUCAUUCUGCUUCUGUAUGCGUUUCACUGAUGAACAGGGAUGCUAACCGACUUUUUGGGGGUCUUCUGGAGAUCAGUGGCAAGCCUUGAGGAAAGGGCUCGAUGAGAUGCGGACCAUUAAGGCCACAAAGCAGAUGCCCUCUUGGCCUCGUCUGGCAACAGGAUUGAUUGUGCAAUGGGAGGGGUUUAUCUCUAACAGCGUUUUCUUUGUUUCUUCACUACAAAUAACGCGCUGUUCGGAUGUGAACUGGGACUGGAGACCAAAUUACUAACAGGAAUAGAUUUCAAAGAGCGUAUCAUUACACAGUUGCUUUGAGAAAAAGAGCGAUGCUUGAAGCGUCAACCUGACAUUGUGCUUGUUCCUGUAUAUCAUUAAUCAGAAAAGGGUUUUAAUUUGAUGGUCCUUUUAGUCCGAGGGUUUCUCUCAUGCUGUGUACUUUGUGAAUGAAUAAAUUAUUCAUAUACAGGAUAUUAAAAAUGUGUGUCAAACACUA